GCUUUUCGGACCAGCAGCUUUGGAAAAGCUUCAGCUCUCCAAACAGGGCCUUAAACAUAGUGGAGGUUCCGCCGCCGCCGCCGCCGCCGCCGCAAGUCCUCCUGCCUGCCUGCCUGCCCCGGUUGCCCAGUUCCCCACAGCCCAAGCGAAGCCGCGGCAGGGAGCGGAGAAUGCUCCAGUUCCCUGCGCUGAUGCGGCAGUGGCCGUCGCCGCCGCUGAUCCCGGCGUCCACGCUGCUUCCCGUGCCGGCUACCUCCCACGAGGACGAGCUCCUCCUCGCCAUGGCGGAGUCCGACCUCGAGGAUAAGCUGAACGAGAUCCGGAAGGCCAACAGCAACCUGGUGAUCAUCGGAAAGCCCACGGGCGACACCAAGGAGGAGUACGACGCUGAGGUGGAGGACGACGACGCGGACAACGUCGAGGAGUCCGACGGCGACGACUUCGACCAGGAAACUGGCUGACCCCGUGCGGCUCCUCCGUGCUUUGCCGGCGGCCUGGAGCCCCGCCGUCCCCGCUGCGCUGUCUGUAUUUCGCGAUCCCCGAUUCGCUCCUGCUAUCUGGAUGUGCUGUGUAGCCCUAUCCUGCUGCUGCCUGUUAUGAGGAUUUGAGCAAGUCCCUUGUCAUUUCAUUCAUGUGGACCUUGUGUAUGAAAUUAGAUGAUUAAUGCUACUUGGUCUUGUCUAAAAUCCAGACACUAGUUUAGUUUCCUCACUCUGCGCCAGAUGCUGUUACUUCUUCACUUUGUGCCUAGAGCCCUAGACUAAUUAGUCCUUGACAA